GCUUGUGUCUAAGUUUUGGCUACGACUGAACGAGGGUGGGAGGUGGCGCGAGAGCGAGGUGUGCGUGCAUGACAUAAACGUUGGAGGGUCCUGAGGGGAUGGUUCAAACCCCCAAAAGUAGUUGAGCAAGGGAGACCAACAUCCAACAGUGAACCAUCACCUCCUGGCUGUCAGCCGUGAGUAACAAAGACCAGAGUAGUGCAGCUGUAAAAGGGGGUUUGGCAACGCAAGCAGUGCGGGAAUAUUGCACCAGACAUUAUAGCCUACUUUUCUCAAAUUGCAUGCGCUAGUAUGUCUUCUUCGGUUGCAAGAGAAGCUUAAGUUGAUUGUCUUGGUGCUAAAGCUCUGAUAAGGAAGUCAUGAACAGGGAAAAGGUUCAGGUGGGAGACGUCUCAGUUGCUGCUCCGCCGGCGUCGGGUGUGACUGCCCAAACAGCUGUGAUCGUCGUGGCGGCUGCGGAAAGCAUGGACAAUCACGGCGAGAAGCGGCUCUCUGCCAACGCACUGUCGGUGUUUUCCUGCCCCGGGGGUAGAGACAUACUGCAAGCGGACAGUCGAAACAACUCUCCACGUCAAGAGCCGGCUCCGGUAGCAAUGCCAAUGCUUCACCGGACCACUUCAUUUUCGGUUUUGGACAUUUUGGACCCAAAUAAAUUUACGAGCAAAAAGCCAAAUCCUAACCGGACAGGCAGCGAAUUCGCCUUCGGGACAGAGAACCGUGGAGGUGAUGACUCGAAUCAUGAUGUAGAGCAGAAGUCUUAUGCAGACGACUAUGACACAUGUCAAAAAUCUACAGGACUAAAGGAGGGGUUCAUGUGUGCCUACAGAUCCGAAGAAUGCGAGAAUGAUUUCAAAAGAGGCUCCCACUCUGACAGCGAGAUGCAGGAUGACGUGUGUAGUGAGGAGAGCAGCAGCGCACUAACUGGAAACGCGGAGGGGGAACUGGGACACCAUGAUGACGACGACCAGGCGAGCAAGAGCCCAAGAAGUCCUGGUGGACAGCAAACUCAACAGUCAGGGUCGAAUGGACAAAGUAAUCAAGGAAAGCCGAAGAGAAAGCGCUCUGGCUCCGAUUCAAAGUCGGGUAAGCCCCGAAGGGCCCGGACAGCAUUCACUUACGAACAACUUGUUGCACUGGAGAACAAAUUCAAGUCCACCCGAUACCUCUCUGUGUGUGAGAGGCUCAAUUUGGCACUGUCACUCAGUUUGACUGAAACUCAAGUCAAAAUCUGGUUCCAGAACCGACGGACCAAGUGGAAGAAACAAAACCCUGGCGCAGAUACCAGCGCCCCGACGGGCGGUGGCCAGAACGGCCAGAGCAAUGGACUAGGAAGCCUGAGUCCACUCAGCUCGUCUCCUCCCAUGAGCCAUCUGUCAAUGCACACGGGCUACCCAGGUCACGGACCAGGCGGGCUAGUCUGCACCACCCAAUUACCCUUUCUGCCAAGUCAUGCGGUACUGUCACCUUUCAUGUUAGGAUCUCAGACUUACGGAGCGCCUGCGUUUUACACUUCUCACCUGUAAAGAUAUGGAGAUACGUUUAGAGUUUUGCGCCCAAACAUCAUGUUUUCGGAGGCGUCUAAAAUUCACCGAUAUUAUCAAAAUAAUUGACUCAAAUGAGAUAUGAAUUUAAUAACCAUAUUAAACGUAUGGUUUUAGAGAACUAAAGACAUGCCCUUAACUAAAGACUUCUUAAAUGCACUUGAUGCUGUAGAUGGGAAGAGCUUUGAACAUUUCAUGUUGUUGUUUCGUCAAGGACAAGUGCUCGAAGAAAAUCAACCUUUACCAAGGAAAGAAGAUUUUGUUGUAUUUGACUUUUGAUUUCAUUUUGAUAGUAUGUGAAUACUCGGGGUCAAAAUGUACAUACAGAUGUUGACAAAUAUAUGUCUAGCUUUUAAUUUCGAAUGCAGUUCAUACAUAUUAGAGUUGAAAAAAUAGGCUUACAUGAUGUAUAUAAAUAUCGUUCAUUUACAUCUGGAAUGGCUUGACAUAUUGUAAUUACUGUGUAACUAAACUGUGAAAGUUUAAUAUGAUUAUUUUCAUAAGUUUUCCCUAUUCAUUUAUUAUAUAGGCCUAUAGUUAAUCUACCUGAGAAUAUUUGGCUCCAAUGAAUGCUAAUUUCAUCUGGACUCGUCUUUUAUAGUAUAAGACAAAGUAAAAUAAAACAAUAGGCUAUCAUUUACUAACGAAUAAGCUACUUUAAUACAAAUAUUAAAUCGAUUAAAUCUUUCUUAGUUGAUUUUUUUCUCUCCCCCCUUUCCACCAAAUUAAAGGACAUUUUGGAACUGAAGACAGUAUCUUUUCACCUUUUUUUAAUGAAAUGGUUAACUCCACUUA